UUCAACAUCAGCCGCAAGUCCCUGAUCGCAGCGGCCGUCGGGGUGGCGAUGCUGUUGACCCUGGUCAUCGUGAUCCCGGUCUUGGUGAACUCGCUGGGCACGGCUGCCCACUAUGAGAUGCUGGGUACCUGCAGGAUGGUGUGCGAGCCUUACCUGGCCAACCAGCCCAGUGCCAGCCCGGGGGCCGAAGCACUGACCGAGCACGACCUGGCCCCCCCGCCGCCCUCCACCCUGCUCCAGGGUCCCCAGGGGAAACCGGGGCGUCCCGGGAAACCGGGGGCCCCCGGGCCGCCGGGAGAGCGGGGAGCCCCGGGACCGAUGGGGCCGGCGGGGGAGAAGGGGGAGGCGGGCAGACCGGGGCUUCCUGGCACCCCCGGCCCCGGGACAGGUGCCAUCAGCGCUGCCACCUACAGCACGGUGCCCAGGGUGGCAUUUUACGCCGGCCUGAAGACCCCUCACGAAGGCUACGAGAUCCUCAAGUUUGACGAUGUGGUGACCAACCUGGGCAAUCACUACGACGGCUCAAGCGGCAAGUUCACCUGCUCCAUCCCGGGCACCUACUUCUUCACCUACCAUGUCCUGAUGCGGGGCGGAGAUGGCACCAGCAUGUGGGCAGACCUCUGCAAGAACGGCCAGGUCCGCUCCAGUGCUAUUGCCCAAGAUGCUGAUCAGAAUUAUGACUACGCCAGUAACAGUGUCAUUCUGCACUUGGACGCAGGGGAUGAGGUCUACGUCAAACUGGACGGCGGGAAGGCACAUGGAGGCAACAACAACAAAUACAGCACCUUCUCGGGAUUUAUCAUUUACACGGACUGAGGGCAGCAGCCCUACAUCAGGA